AUGAAAACUAGGAGCGGAACCGAGACUCACGAGGAUAACGCCACCGCACGCAGUCACAAGAUACAGUCAAGCAAGACGGACUCUGCGCCGGAGCCCAAGACCAAACAGGCCAAGACGAACCACUCUCAGAUCCGGGACCCGCGAGAAACGCCGGGUCGCGUCAAGCGUCCCCAGUAUGAGGAGCGCGAACUAAGUGAGGAGUUCCUAUCCAAGUUCCACAUCCCCAAGCAUAGAAACAAACAUACGGACCCGUUGUAUUCAUUCUACGAUCUGCAUCGAUGUCACCGCAAGGGUCCAGAUGGGUCCCCGACGUACGAUAGCGCGGGCUAUCAACUCGACUAUGAGAAAGUUGCCAAGUGGAUGAAGCCAGUGGCUUACAAUAAGAAAUCAAUGGUGAAUGGCAUGGAGCGCCAUUUGGAGAGAGUCGAAGAGCAGACCAAGAAAAUCUACGACAGCUUCUUUAUUGAUGGGAAGGGACCCGAGGGUGAAGAUGGCAGUAUUCAGGUCAUGGAUCAGAUAAAAGAUCAGGUCUCCAAGGAUCUCGGGGUCCCCUGGCACCAGAUCGACCCGAGGCAGCUGAAGAAAUGGGAAGAUCAGGGGUUCGCCAAGGUGGACGCGGAUAAAUGGUGGCAUCGGCCAAAUCAAGUUGAGCGCGAUCGCUUCAUGAAGAUGCUAGACGGGGCUUCACUCCGGAAGGAUUUGUAG